GACUUGUUUAAAGGGCAUCCUAGAUUGAUCCUUGGGUUCAACACUUUCUUGCCCAAGGGUUAUGAAAUAACCCUUAAUGAAGAAGAUGAGGCUCCUCCAAAGAGAACGGUUGAGUUUGAAGAAGCUAUCAGCUUUGUGAACAAAAUAAAGAAACGUUUCCAAAAUGAUGAUCAUGUGUACAAGUCCUUCUUAGACAUUUUGAACAUGUACAGGAAGGAGCACAAGGGCAUCAGCGAGGUGUACCAUGAGGUUGCCAUACUUUUCGUGGACCAUCCAGAUUUGCUAGAUGAAUUCACUAGAUUCUUGCCAGAUACUUCAGCUACUGCAUCAGCAGCACAAACUUCAUUUGACAGGUCUCCUUUCCAUCAUUAUGAUGAGAGGAGCUCAGCUAUUCCCAUGCUUAGGCAACCGCACAUGGACAAGCGUUUCCGGCGGGAUAGGAUUAUUGGUCCUCAUGCAGAAAGAGACCUAAGCAUUGAGCGGCCUGAUAUGGACGAUGAUAAAACAAUGGUGAAGUUGCAUAAAGAACAUAAGAGACGUGCUGAAAAAGAGAACAGGGACAGAAGAACUCAUGAUCUGGAUUAUAAAGAACCUGAUAAUGAGAACAAUAGAGAUCUAAACAUGCAGCGUCAUACUGAUAAAAAGAAAUCUGCUCGGAAGGUUGAAGAAUUUGGAGGAUCUCAUGAAGAUAAAGAUGCCCUGAAAAAUAUGUAUAGCCAAGAGUUCACUUUCUGUGAAAAGGUAAAGGAAAGACUGCGAAGUCCAGCUGAUUAUCAGGCAUUCUUACACUGCCUCUCCAUUUAUAGCACAGAAAUAAUUAACAGGAAGGAGUUACUACGUUUGGUUGCUGAUCUACUUGGAAAAUAUCCUGAUCUUAUGGAGGGUUUCAAUGAAUUUCUAGAGCGUUGUGAACGAGUUGAUGGAUUUCUUGCUGGUGUUGUGAGCAAGGGUAAGUGGGCUGAAGGGCAUACUUCCAGGUCAGUAAAGGAAGAUGAGAAAGACAAAGAGCAGAAGCGUGAAACUGAUGGAGCAAAAGAAAAGGACCGAUAUAAGGAGAAAUACUGGGGAAAAUCCAUCCAAGAACUUGACCUGUCAAACUGCGAACGAUGCACACCCAGUUAUCGGCUUCUUCCUGACGAUUAUCCGAUACCUACCGCAAGUCAAAGAUCAGAGCUUGGAGCUCAGGUUUUAAAUGAUCAUUGGGUAUCUGUGACUUCUGGGAGUGAGGACUACUCUUUCAAGCACAUGCGCAGAAAUCAGUAUGAAGAAAGCCUGUUUCGUUGUGAAGAUGAUAGGUUUGAGCUAGACAUGUUACUGGAGUCGGUAAGUUCAACUGCUAAGCGUGCAGAAGAGUUGUUGAAUGCCAUUAAUGAUAAUUCAGUUGGCGGGGAUGGUCCAAUUCAUAUUGAGGACCACUUUACAGUCUUAAACUUAAGAUGCAUUGAAAGACUCUAUGGUGAUCAUGGUCUGGAUGUUAUGGAUAUUCUGCGUAAAAGCCCAUCUCUUGCGCUGCCUGUUAUACUGACCCGCUUGAAGCAGAAACAGGAGGAGUGGACCAAGUGUCGCACAGAUUUUAACAAAGUUUGGGCUGAAAUCUAUGCUAAGAACCAUUAUAAGUCACUUGACCAUCGAAGCUUCUAUUUCAAGCAACAAGAUUCAAAGAAUCUUAGCUCAAAAUCCUUAGUGGCGGAGAUCAAAGAAAUUAAGGAGAAAAAGCAGAAAGAAGACGACAUGAUUGUUUCUAUUUCUGCUGGAAGUAGACAUCCUUUAACCCCGAAUCUUGAAUUUGAUUAUGCUGACUCUGAGCUUCAUGACGACUUGUACAAACUUAUCAAGUAUUCAUGUGAAGAGAUUUGCUCCUCCGAAGAGCAAUUAAAUAAAGUACUGAGGUUAUGGACCAACUUUCUUGAGCCAAUUUUGGGCGUACCUUGUCGCCCUUAUGACUCAGAGGCCACUGAGAACAAUGAUGUCUUAUCAAAGCAGCAUGGUCCAAAAAGCAAUGGAACUAGCGUUGGUGAAGGUGAUAGAAGUCCUAGUUCAGAUGCUAAGCAAUCAAAACUUAUCAGCAACAGAGAUGCCAAUGCUUCCCCCCUACGAGUAAACUCUUCUAGGACGAGCUUUGCAAAUGCAGAUGCUCUUCUCAAAGAAGAUGGUUUGGCAGUGAUUGGUGAAGACCUAACUAAUUCUGAUGCAGCUGCUGCUAUGGGAGCAGAUGGUGUUCAUGACAAAGUGGAAUUAACUUCAGGGCGUGGUGCAAGACGGGGUACUGGUGCUUCAGAGCAUGGUCAAGUAUCCAAGUCUAACAUUGAUAGUGUGCCAGCAUCAGAGACUGAUACUUCAAGAUCGACUCCACUGGGCAAUGGAGGGUUUGCAGAAGGCUCUAGAAGUAAUGGGUACAAUGACGAUUCAGUUGAUCCCUGCAAAAAUGAGAAAGAAGAGGGUGAGUUAUCACCGAAUGGUGAAUUUGAGGAUAACUUUGUUGGGUCUCAAGAUGGUGCCUCACGUGAUGGAAGUGUGCAAUAUCAAUCCAGAGCUGCUGAAGAGAUGGAUUGUCGGGAUGCUGCUGGUCAAAACGAUGCAGAUGCUGAUGAUGAAGAUAGUGAAAAUGUUUCUGAGGCCAGAGAAGAUGUUUCUUGCAGUGAGUCUGCUGCUGAUGACUGCUCUCGAGAAGAGCAUGAUGAAGAAGAUGACAGGGAACAUGAUGAACUUGAUGGCAAAGCUGAGAGUGAAGGUGAGGCUGAGGAGACGAGCGAAGCACACUAUGUUACAGGUGAUGGCAAUGUGUUGCAAAUGUCUGAUCGGCUUUUGCUUACUUCGAAGCCACUUACAAAAUAUGUGGCGUCACCUGUAUAUGGGGGAGCGAUGAAGUACUCGCGGGUGUUUUAUGGAAAUGAGGCAUUCUAUGUGCUUUUUAGGCUUCACCAG